AUGGAUUCUGUACCAAGCUGCCAAAGAGCUAAGAGACCUAAUUCUGCUUUGCCACUUGGUUUGCCAUCACCCAAACCGAAUGUCUCUGGUGAUGCUGUGGAGAGGGUGGAGAGCAACAUUUUCAAGCACAACUCUGACAUGAUAGCUCACUGUGGUGGUGGAAAACUUGAGGAGAACAGUAUAAUUGAUGAGUCCUCUUCCAGUGUUCAGGACCAUACUGAUCCCUAUCUUGCAGAUUGCUACUCCGAUCCUCCAUUUUCUGCUCCUGGUUCUCCUCCUCCUGUGUCACAUAGCUCAGCAUUUAAACCUUCAUCUCAGAGAUCCACUUACGCCCUUCCUUCAGCCAGUUUAGUACAUUUAUCGUCCCCCGGUUCUAAUAGCCUUCGACCGUACGGUCCCCCUCCGAUUGCCCCCGUCAAUCGUCCAAUUUCUUCUGGAGAUUUGAUUCGUAUUCAGCUCCCGCCAACUUGCGCUCAGCUCGGAGCAUGCGAACCUGCAACAUCUCCUAAUCCGCAUAGCGGAGGCCAAAACUAUUCUGCCAGAACCUGUUCCCGGCUUUUAUCGCCUUCUUUUGUCUCUGCGUCAAUACCUACUCCAUCAGCAAUAGUACACCCUACUCUCUGCGAUCCAGGUUCUCCUCCCUACACAACAGGUUUAUCUAUUCCCUCAGUUAUCCCUGGUCAGUUAAAGCAACAACGCUUUCUAGUACAACCAUCAACCUCCACUUCCCUUUCUCGCCAACGAAAAACUUCUGUCGCAAAUCCCUCUAUGGUCAGCUUGAACAGCAUGCACAGCAAGUAUGUCUUGUUAGACUAG